CGCUCUUGGGAGGCGGGGCUGCUGUAGGCUCCUCGUCUGGAGCAAGGUGACCGACCGGUGGCUUUGCAGAGGAGAAGGGAGAGGAAGGAGGCCCUGGCCGUGAGGAGGGGAAAAGAGCCUCGGCGAGGGACGGAGGGGUUUUAACGGGACCUUUCUUCGGUGCUCGCUCGCUUCGGGUUGUCGGUCUGUGGAUACCCCGCCGCCCCGUUUGACACACACACUCCCUCGACCCACCUUUGAAUUAGUUGAGUUGCUGUGCGAAAUCUAAACUAUCUUCAAAUUCACCAUGGUUCUCCAGCAUCUCUUCAGAUUUUCUUCAAUUUUCCAUUCCACAAUCUCCAUUCAUCUGCGUAGAAACAUUGGCUUUUCUGCCAUUGUGUUUAAUAAGGCAAAAGAACUUGAUCCUGUGCAGAAACUCUUCUUGGACAAGAUCAGAGAAUAUAACACAAAGAGCCAGAAAACUGGUGGCCCUGUUGAUGUUGGCCCUGAAUAUGAGAAAAAUAUGAAUGAACAAAUUGCUAAGCUUCAACGGUUAUACGGUGGUGGAGAUGUGAACAAAUUUCCAGAUUUCAAAUUUGAAGAACCCAAAUUUGAAGAUGAAAAGAAGUGAUUUAUAAUGUGUACACCAAGCAACAGUGUUGGUUGGCUUUGUUGAAUAGGCCUGUGGUUGCAACCUAAAUAAACAGUAAAAUAAAAAGUUCUGGAGUACAAAUACAGUUAGCCCUUUAUCACUUAUACGCAUCUAUAUGGAAAAAGCUUAUUGAACUGUUAAAUAUAAAAUAAAUUGCAAAACUACACCUUU